AACCAGGUUAGCGAGAAGCUGAGUCUUAUCCGAGUCAGCAGGAGCCAGAUAGGAGCGUACUUGUGUAUAGCGAUGAACGGUGUGCCUCCUUCAGUCAGUCAAAGAAUGCUUCUUCAAAUAUACUUUCAACCCGAGGUGAAGAUUAAAAACAGUAAAAUUGGUGCUCACCUCGGAGCCACGGCUCUCCUGAGUUGUCAUAUAGAAGCUCUCCCAUUUCCGGAGAUUGUGUGGGACAAGAACGUUGACACGAAAAUUACUUCUGGAUUGAAACACGAAAUAGAUGUGGCGAUAAAGAAAUAUCAAAUCCAGAGUGUUCUCAGAGUUAGAAACCUUCAACCUUUCGACUUCGGAAUGUACAAAUGCAUUGCUAUAAACAGUCUUGGUAGGACAGAAGGAGAAAUUCAGUUGUAUGAAAUUCCAUGGCCUACUUUGACACCUACAACCAUGGUUCUUUCGAUGUCGUCUACGUCACAGGGAACGAGUUCAUGGAACGGCAUGCCAAAUCUUAGUGAGCUCGUUGGGGAUCAUACACACUCUCCUAAGGAACUACCCCAAGCAGCUAAAGAGGGUUCCUCGCUGUACGAUGAAACAUCAAACGCUCGUGGAAGUAAAAGUGUGGAGUUGAAUGAGCCAAGACAACCAUCGGUUAGUGGACACAAGGGAAACAGCCAAAGUGUGACGUCAUCAGUUUCUGUGUUCGGUUUCUGUGUCCUUCCCUUCAUCGUGCUUGAGGUUAUUACGUGAUAUAACACAGUCGUUGAAUGUUUGUGAUCUUAUUUCUGUUUCAAGUUAAAAAGUAAAAAUAAAACAACAAUAAAAAAAAACUCCAAUGGAAUAGAGAAGUAAUGCGCUCAAAGAAACUCACUGGACCAACUUGUUUGGCGCCACCUGGUAGCGGCCCUGGGCAAAUGACAGAUGGACUGGAUAGAAACUGCAUUUGCUUAUCUGUAUUUUUGUUCUUGUUCUUCUGUUAUUAAUGCAUGAAACAUCAACGGGAUGAUUAAAAUAUCAAGUGUUUUAUGUAAUUCAUGUCUAAUCUAGGAGCGAAGUAAACGUACAAUAGUAUUAAAAUAAUUACUAUUUGGUCCUAUAUUUUAGGAGUUCUGAACAUUGUUGAUUUUAUUAGCUUUUGCUUCACAAUUUGAAUUACGUACAACCGAAACGUCAUGCUAAAACUGAGCAACUCCUGUACGACUUCAUAGAAAUAAAAGUGUAACAAGUGUGA